AAAAAAGAUGAAAGAUGUUUCGCCUAAGAGAAAUAAAAAAAAAAGAGGCAGUACAAAGAUCCUAAAGUUGUACAGGACUUUACGAUAGUUGGAUAAGAGGGUAACGAAAGCUCGAGGUGUAAGGAAAGGGUAGUCGAAAGUUGGAUGGUUUAGAACGGAAGGGAAAGGAAAGGAAAGGAAGAGGAGGUAAACGUAAAAGGUGAUAGAGGGAGAGGGAUAAAGGAAAGAGGGAUGACGACCGGGUUAUCGGUGUAGUUUGCCAGCGUCGGUGCGGGGGCGGUAGGGCGGUUACGAGAACGCGCGUGCCCCAACGUAUACGUAUGUAAGAUAGAGAGGAAGGAAAAGAGAUAGUUAGAGGGUGGGAGAAAUAGAGGGUAAAGGGUAUAGUGGGAAGAGGAAUGGUAGCGUCGGCGGUGGAAGAGGAAGAGGUGGUGGCGAAGGAAGAGGAGGAGGAAGAGGAGAAGGAGGUAACGGAGCGACGGUCGCGACGGUGGCGAGCGAGGCCAGAGAGACGUCGUCGGUGGCCGUCGGUGAAGAGAAGGUUACCUGUCGCACGUCGUGGCGAGUUCACGUUGAACGCGAAUACGUUCAAAGUACAGUUUCGUUAAUCGCGUAAAACGUAAACGAACGGCUUGAUUAUUUUAUUCACUGGUAUUUUUCCUGGUUUAUCCGUGACAUUCAGGAAAUCAGGUCUGGAGGUUGGUUCGCUCGUACCGGACGUCCGACUACUCUGCUCUCCGUUUCGACUGCAGACUCGAGACUCGAGACUCGAAACUCCUGGCAGGGUCGAUCGGUGUGUGCGCGCGUGCAUCUUCCGAUUGACGUGACAGCGGAGGAAAAGCCGCGGGCCCGUUAAGCGGGGAAGAGCGGCGCGGAAGUGUCCGAGCCGCGAACAGACUCGCGGCGGAGGUUUUCCUUUGGACCGUUUGCCCGGAGAAUCGACCAGUUGAGCGCACGAUGGCGGACGAUCAGGAAGCAAACAACACGUGCGAGGAUUCCCUCGGACCCGGCGAUGCGAAUACCGCAUUCGCCAAGAAGCUCCGCGGAAGAAAAGGAGCCCUCAAAAAGAAGAAUGUCUACAUCGUCAAGAACCACAGCUUCAUGCCGCGGUUCUUUAAACAACCGACGUUCUGCAGUCAUUGCAAGGACUUUAUAUGGGGGUUCGGCAAGCAGGGAUACCAAUGCCAAGUCUGCAGCUUUGUCGUUCACAAACGAUGUCACGAGUACGUGACUUUCACGUGCCCUGGCGCUGACAAAGGAGCCGAUUCGGACGACACGCGGACGAAGCACCAGUUCAAGCAAUACACCUACAACAGCCCCACGUUCUGUGACCACUGCGGUAGUCUUCUGUAUGGUGUCAUCCACCAGGGCAUGAAGUGCCAAGCAUGCGACAUGAACGUACACAAACGAUGCGAGGAGAGCGUGCCGAAUCUCUGUGGAUGCGACCAUACCGAAAGACGCGGUCGUAUGUUCUUGCACAUCAGCUGUUCCGGAAACAAGCUCAUCGUCGAAGUGAAACAAGGCCGAAAUCUGAUUCCGAUGGAUCCGAACGGCUUGUCGGAUCCCUACGUAAAGCUGAAAUUAAUCCCAGAUUCGGACAACGUGAAGAAGAAAACGAAGACGAUCAAGUCUUCGUUGAAUCCCGAAUGGAACGAGACGAUCACAUUCGAUCUGAAGCCCGAGGACAAGGACAGGCGACUGUUGAUCGAAGUUUGGGACUGGGAUCGAACGUCGAGAAACGAUUUCAUGGGCUCUCUUUCCUUCGGUAUAUCGGAACUUAUCAAAGCGCCCGCCAGCGGCUGGUUCAAACUGCUCACGCAAGAAGAAGGAGAAUAUUACAAUGUACCUGUACCGGAAGAGGGGGUGGAUCUUGCCGAGUUGAAAGUGAAAAUGCGAAAGACCUCGGUGACGAAGAAAUCCACGUCGACCCACGACAAGGAAGUGCCACACAACAUGGGCAAGAGCGACUUGAUCAGGGCGAGCGACUUCAACUUCCUCACGGUCCUCGGCAAGGGCAGCUUUGGAAAAGUGAUGCUGGCGGAGAGGAAAGGCACGGACGAGCUGUACGCGAUCAAGAUCUUGAAGAAGGACAUCAUCAUCCAGGACGACGACGUGGAGUGCACGAUGGUCGAGAAACGCGUUCUAGCGUUGUCCACCAAACCGCCGUUCUUCGUGCAACUGCACUCCUGUUUCCAAACCAUGGACCGGCUUUACUUCGUCAUGGAGUACGUGAACGGCGGAGAUUUGAUGUAUCAGAUACAGCAGUGCGGCAAAUUCAAGGAACCGGUGGCAGUAUUUUACGCGUCCGAAAUAGCGAUCGGUCUUUUCUUCCUUCACGGCCGAGGUAUCAUCUAUCGAGAUCUGAAGUUGGACAACGUUUUGCUGGAUCACGACGGUCACAUCAAGAUCGCGGACUUCGGAAUGUGCAAGGAAGGGAUCAACGGUGACAAAACUACCAAAACCUUUUGCGGAACACCCGAUUACAUCGCCCCCGAAAUCAUAUUGUACCAACCGUACGGUAAGUCGGUCGACUGGUGGGCGUACGGCGUGUUGUUGUACGAAAUGUUGGUCGGACAACCUCCGUUCGACGGAGAGUACGAGGAGGAGCUGUUCGCCGCCAUUACCGAUCACAACGUCAGUUAUCCGAAGAGUUUGUCGAAGGAGGCGAAAGAAAUUUGCAAAGCGUUUCUCACGAAGAAUCCGAUGAAACGACUCGGCUGUGGAUUCCGAGGCGAGGAAGACGUUCGUGGUCACGCGUUUUUCCGACGAAUCGACUGGGAAAAGAUUGAAAAUCGCGAGGUGCAACCACCGUUCAAGCCAAAGAUCAAACAUCGUAAGGAUGUGAGUAACUUCGACAAACAAUUCACCUCGGAGAACACGGAUUUAACGCCGACGGACAAGUUGUUUAUGAUGAACCUGGACCAAACAGAGUUCAUGGGUUUCUCGUUUCUCAAUCCAGAAUUCGUGCAACACGUUUAAAUCGAUAUCUCCUCGUCCGGUAGUUGUAACCUCUUCACACACCUAUUUUCUCUUUUUCUCUCUAAUUCCAUUUCCUGGUGUUCAUCUUCCGACUCUUCACUACUCAGGGCUUUCACCGUCAUCUCCAUUCUCCUCUCUAUUUCUCUUCCGUCCUAAAUCUCUUCUAUAAUUUCCCUCGUUCUCCUCGUUUUCAGAGUUGUUACCGUUACAGAAACGUUCGUCGUAGUUGAUAUAAAACGUAAUAUAAAACGUCUCUUUUAUCCCGUCCGAGGGGACUCGGACGGUCUUCAAGGUGUUUUUAACGAAAAAGAAAAAAGGUAAAAAAAAAAUACUACCAUGCUCGCUCGUUGACGCGUACGAUUACGGUACCAGUUACAUAAAAUACAUAUAUUAGCGCGAAUCGGCGUCGAUGGAUUCGUUGAGCGAAUCCUUCUCUUACUUAAACGCGGCGAGGCGGCGAGGAAAGAAGAAAGACGAUAAACCGCGAACGAUCGCGAUUAAAAAACCUCGUGCUUCCUCCUGCGGUUAGGUCGACCCGAUAAACUUUCGUAUUGCUCUCCUCCUUCUCCGCGUACAUUAUUAUUAUUAUUAUUCCUAUUACCACCAAUGUUGUUAUUAUUAUCCGUUUAUUUCAGUAGAUUCUACUGUCGCCUUCCAAAUGAACAUAUUGUUGUUAUUAUUAUUAUUAUUAUUAUUAUCAUCAUACGAUUACGUAUACAUAUUAUAUAAAGCAUUAUAAGGAUAUUACACGUUACGCGUUGUAAAUUUCUAUUUGCAUUUCGUUAACGUUCCACUUCUUGUCGAUUUAAAGAAUCUCGUAAGUAGUCGAAAUACAUUAGAUAGUUACGUCGAGUCCUUGAAUUCUAUCGUCUUACGAGACGGAUUGAAAUCGAUCAGCGAUGCGAACGUUAUCGUAUCGUGUCGGCGUAACGUAAAUUUACACCCCUCACACAGGUCACAAGUACGUAUACACACAGGAACAUACAUAUACACGUACAGGGAAUUAUAACCGAUCGAUAUAAUCGAAGCACGAAUAUGGAGUACCUUUUUUGAGAAAGGUCGAUUCGUCUGCUCCGACGUUACGUGCUCGAUAAAUUUCGUCUCGAUAAUAAAAUUAACGACUAACAUAUAAUAAUUAACGAAGUGCGAGGCGAGGAUAGAUCGAGUCGUUGACGACUGUUACGGGUAAUACGGUGCUGGCGGGCAAGUGAUCACCGCCCUAGACGUUGAAAACGUUGGACGAAUAACGACCAACGUGCCUUUUAUCUCUUCGUUCGAUCGUUUGCCGGCAAGUUUGCGUUACUCGUUCAUCGUUGGAAUCGUUCCAGUCGAUCCGGUCGUUCACCGAUCGAAGCUUGACGAUCGCGCGACGCUUGGUCGUUUCGUUUCAGACGCGUUCACAGCUCGCGAAAUCAGAAUAGCCCGUUCCGCUUCCUCUUCGAGCCUCGAGACCGUGGAAGGGCAACGCCUCGGUACUUCCUGAAGAAAAAAAAAAGCUCUUUUCGUGCCUGAAAUCCUCGCAUUCGGUGAUAUACGCUUUUUUAUCGGGCCCGUAUCGGCUCGCGUUAUCGAGGACGAGAACGAGACCGAGAACGAUCGAGCCCAAUGAAAUUGGUACAAACCCCCGUGAAACUUCGAAUGAGAAAAGCUUUCGACCGAACGCAAAAGAAAAAAGGCAAGAAUCUUGAAUUUUCGCUCGAUCCCCGCCGCGAAUCGUUUUCCUCCUCGAUUUCUCUGUUUUCGGUCGGCCUGCUUGCCGACGCUCGAUCGUAGGGUUAAUUAUUACCUGUCGAUAUAAACUGCGCGUAAUGUGUCGUAGAGAUAGGUGAUCGGCUCGCGUCGACCUGGACGGUUAGGUGGGUGUCUUGUUUUUUAUACGCUUCGCGUUGGCAACUCGGCGAGCGACCAGCGAAUACGUUCGACCACGGAGGCCGAGGUAAAAGGAAGCGACGACAAUCUUCCAGGUUACAAAGAUAUCGCUACUUAUACCUUUCUUAUCCAUUCGUUUUCACUUCAAAAUCUAGAGUAAAGAGCACGAGAGAGAUCGAUCGAGUAGAGGUGCACAGCGAUACCGUUGUACUCGUAGGAGGGUUCGAAUCGUAUUUCCUCUUUUACCAUCGACCAUCCCCGAUCGUCCAGUAACGGAAAGACACGAGUUUGCGAGUAUAUCGAACAAAUCGAAUACAUAUGAGUUACGUCUGAAUUAAGCGCGUUCCAAAAUAAAUAAGUAAAUAUCGUAGUUCUCGUAGUUCUCGCCCCCUUAUUUAGCGGGUGAUCCAAUCUUGUUCUUCGAUCGGGCGAAAUUACGUAGUCUCGUCGAUGCGAUGCUUCGCUCUUAUCCGCCACCUCGUUUACGGUCCAACCUCCGUUCGACGGCUGGUAUAACAAUCAUUAACGUACACGGUGGUUCCAGGAGCGUGGCUCGUUCAACGCCAAUUUAUCGAUAUGUCCAAAAUAACCCUCGCGCAAUUUCUGCUCUGGUUCGAAUCAGCGACGCGUUCCAGAGUUUCCUUUAGAUCCUAAAUGUUCUAGCGCGAGACUACGUAACCUGUGCUCGAGAUCUAUUUUUGUACCAAAAAAAAAUUUGAGAAAAAGAAAUUGAAAAAAAAAUUUGAUGGAAGAAGAAAGGAAGGAAGGAAGGACGGAAGGAAGGAUACGAAGAAAACAGAUUCGACAUGGAAUCCCGCGUAAACGCGUAGGCGAUGAUUCUUCUUUUCUUCUUCUUUCUCCUCUUUCUGCUCUAUCGUCUACUCGUGAUCGAGUAGGUGAGACACACUUUUUCUCGUCACCGUGCCGCGUGACACCUUUCGUAGCGUUCUCUUCAGCUUCUACACGAUUCGAAUCGAACGUUGCGAAACGAGGCACCGCGCGUAAGGAUGAUCGAACGAAGGCUUGACGCGUGUACGUUGGAUGAACCGUCGAUCGUCGCUAACGAACGAUCUCGAGGGAAAAUAAUAAGAUAGCGACAGUUGCCUCGAAGACGAUGGAAAACGCGUGGUUCGGUGAUCGAACACCCUUCGACUCGAUUCCAUUCGUAUCAUCGCGAAUGCGUAGAUCGAUCCGCGGCUUGCUCGAUCGCUCGAACCCCCGUUUCACGGAUGAUUAUAGAAAAAUAUCAAAUAAGUGAGAGUUGAUUUUAUAAGAAUUGUGUCGUCUUGUUUCUUAAUAGAGACACACAGAACCGAUACCUCUGUCAAUGGACCGUUCGAUAUAGGCAUUGAUAUCUCUGGGUCUCUAUUUUUUUCUUUCACUUUCUCUCUAUCUCCUCUCUCUAUUUCAUUCUCUAUCUUUCCAUGGAUAUCUAUCUUUCUCUGUCUUUGUCUCCGCUCCUUUAGGUUUCUCAUCUAUCGACUUCUUUUUUUUCCACGGUCGUUUACCAUUCGUUCCUUUUAUCUUUCGCGUUUUUUGCUCUCUUCUCCUUUGGUAUGUCCGUUUUAUCCGUCACGGUCUGUCCAUCAUUUCUCGUUGGACUUUCUUUUCAAAGGUAAGGGGUAGAGAACGGUACAGUUUAUGCAGUUUUCGACAUGGUCGCGACGAACAGGCACACUCGUUUACCGCCACUUUGCUUUUUCAAACAAUUUUUCGUUAAAACGAUCCAAGGGUAAGAAUAGCGAACCAGCUUUCUCAAAGCUGGUUUGAGAAUCAUUUAGAUAAUCAUUCUAUUUUCCAGUUUUGUUACGUUGCUUGGUGCGAAGUCUGCUUGUUCGAUCGCGUAAAAAUUCCUAUUCACAAAAUAUAAGAAGAAAAGAAAGAGCGAAAAAAAAAAUAAAAAUGAAAGAUAUUGGAACCCUAGCGAAUAUAAUCCGCGUAGCUCCGUUCAUUCUCGAAGCUGUAAUUAAAUCUGUUAUUCUCUCGAUUAUACGUCGCAUGAUUAUACACACGUUCACGCAUACACACAUAUUUUUAAGAUGUUUUUGUGCAUUUAUAAUGUCGUAAUAAAAGUUUCGAAUCGUGCCAUGAA